AACAUGUGCAACAUAAUUCUGACAGCAGGUCUCUGCCUGGUCAUCGCCAGCUUGGGCUCUUCCGAAAGGCUGGUGUGUUACUUUAACAGCUUGGCCGAAGAUAGAACAGACGCUGGGAAGUUCACGAUUGAGGAUAUCGAUCCGAACAAAUGUACCCAUCUGAUCUACGCCUUCUCUGACAUCAAUGAAUUCAAUGAGCUGGUCCCCACUAGAAGAGCAGAAAUAUUUCGCUAUCAGGUGUUUAAUGGGCUCAAAACCAGAAAUCCUUCACUCAAAACCCUGUUGGCUGUUGGUGGCCCAACCUUUAACAAAGAAAAAUUCUCUACGAUGGCGUCAACCAAACAAAAGAGAACAACAUUCAUCCAGUCUGCUGUCGCACUACUGAGAAUAUUUCAGUUUGAUGGGUUAAACCUGGACUGGAUGUACCCUGUGGGAGCAGGAGGCGACCCAGACAACAAGCAGAAAUUUACACUGUUGUGCAAGGAGCUCAAUGCUGCCUUUGAGACUGAAGGGAAAAAACAUAACCGUGACCGAUUAAUCCUCACAGCAAGUGUCUCUGCUGAGAGAGAGGUCAUUGAUGCCAGUUAUGAAGUCGAAAAGAUUACCAAGGACCUGGACUUCCUCAAUGUGCUGACGUAUGACUUUCACGGCCCCUGGGAAAAUGUCACAGGACAUCACAGUCCCUUAUACGUGGGAUCCCAAGAUACUGGAGACAAAAUCUACUAUAAUACUGACUCUGCCAUGCAGUAUUGGGUGGACAACGGAGCACCUGCACAAUCGCUAAAUUUGGGACUAGCUGCAUAUGGGCGAGCUUUUUCCCUCUCCUCUGCAUCCAGUGAUGUUGGAGCUCCAGCCAACGGCACUGGUGAAGAAGGCUGCUACACUGGCGAAGAAGGAUUCUGGGCCUAUUAUGAGACUUGCCUUUAUACUGAAGGGGAGAUGGUCCAAAGGAUUCCUGAUCAGCAAGUUCCAUAUGCCAUCACAGAAAACCAGUGGGUUGGAUUUGAUGACAUACUCAGCAUUAGUACGAAGGUCAGUUACUUAAAAGCAAAAAACUUUGGAGGAGCCUUUGUUUGGUCCCUGGACCUGGAUGACUUCAGCGGAAAAUUCUGUAACCAGAGCAAAAGUCCCUUCAUCAGCCACCUGAAUUCUCUCCUGGUUCAAAGCUCUUCCGAAAGGCUGGGUGUGUUGCACAACGGCUUGGCGAAGAUAGACCAGGCAGCCGAAGUUCACGGAAUUGAGAUAUCGAUCCCGAGCAAAUGUACCCAUCUGAUCUACGCCUUCUCUGACAUCAAUGAAUUCAAUAUGAGCUUGGUCCCCCACUAA